ACCAUCGUAACCGCACUGUCAAAACGUCACACUGUCAAAAUGUCCUCCGUCAACAUAGGUGACAGACCGAAAUGGAGGAGAAGAAAGUCAUCGAAAUCGCCGACGCAGGACGACAACGAUUGCGCUAGUCUCGCGUGGCUUCUGAACUUUCGCUUGGACGAGAUAGUGAACGUCAAAGUGCCUGAUGAUGGGCCGGCUUUCAGAAAGGAGCCAAAGGUCAUGGUGCCUGAUACGCCACCGGCGCCGAGGAAACCACCUUACACGUACCCGGAGCUCAUCGAGAGAGCUUUGAGAGAAAAAGGCGAACUAACCGUAUCAGCUAUUUACCAAUGGAUCUCGUGAGUACUAAUUUACUUAUAUAAUCAAAGCUUUUAUGCAAACCUACUAUUAAAAUGGGUUUUCCUAAUAGAAAUAAACUUACUUUGCCAAUAUUUACACAAAUUUUUCAAAUUGCUAUUAGGAUUUAAAACGAAUUUACGACAAUAUAAUUCGUUUGAAAUAUAUGAAAAAUUAUAUAAAUGUAUUUCAAUUAUUUUCUUUAAGUAUAUCUAGAACAUUGCAUUUUUUAUUUUUGCUUAAAGAAAUUAUAAUUUCUUGCUGUCUAAUUUUGAUGUAAAUUAAUAUCAUAAAUACGUCAUCGUCGUCAGUUAAUUUUUUUUGAAUGCGUAACUA